CACGACAUUUUCUAACCUACAGAUUGCUUGUCCGCCCUUCCAACAACACCUCAUUCUUUUCAAUCAUACCUUGAUUACAUACAUCUUCAGUAUCGGCUUUGUCGGUCUGCAUUUCAGUUCGAGCUUUAAGCGUUUGACAUCACCUACAUCAACCUCUCGGACUCAAUGGCAACAGCAGCCAUCCAGAGACGACCGGGCGUGGACGAGAAAUUUCAUGGAAUUACCCCCAAUGCUGGACAGAAUGUGACGGAUGCUGUCGAGCAGGCGUUGGAACCAGUUCAGUCUCUACCAGGACUUCCAGGCCACGAUGCAUCGACUCACUGGCUGAGUGUAUCACCGUAUCCUGAGCCGGAGCAUCUACUGGACCUCCAAAGCUUGGGAACGCCCUGUCGUCUUCUCGCCCUAGCCUUAACGACACUAGCUCCUGCCACCGCGGAAUAUGCUAUAACCAAGUACCAGGACGCCAUCGACUGGAGUAGUGUGAUGUCUCGGUUGAGAUCCCUUGCUCAUCGCGAUGAUUACACAUGGACACGGCACGAAUUCUAUGUUGUCGAUUUCCGAUCCAAGCUGAUGCGAGAUAUUGACAGCGACCUUCUGUUCAAGCUGGACAAACUCUCACACGUCGAAGCCACCCAAAGUGGCGGUCUCUUGAAAUAUUGGUACGGUGUUCCAGACGGCGACAGGCGGAAUCUGGCAACUUGCGUUUGGCGAAGCAAGCAGGAUGCAAUCAAUGGUGGCACUGGACCAUGGCAUAGGCAGGCGCGCGCAAUCAUCCCGAAGAUGUAUGAAGAGAUCGAUGUAAGAGGCGUCCGCCUUACCAUAGACGAUGGUGUUAGCAGCUGGAGCUUUGCGCCGUACUGAAGACAUCUUCACCUCAGUGAAAGGCAUCCAGGUGUCAGGUCAUGCUAUAGUCCAUGGUUUGGCAGAGACAAUUAUUCGGUGAUGUAGAAAAUCAAGCACAAAGACUGUGCUCUGCUG